AUGAUGACAAAUAUUUACGUCUUUGUUUUGAUGUCAACUAAACACAAUAAAAUGGCACAAGCAAAUAUUUUGAGAGAGUGGGCCCCAUUGACAGAUUUAUACAAUAAAUUACCGUUGAAGUCUCUAAAUGGAUUGUUCAGUCAUGAAAUUAAAAUUACUUGUUUAGACAUUUUGCCAGAAUUUCUGGCUCUUGGCAGCAAUAUAGGAAUAGUUUAUUGGUAUAAUAGGCAAAAUAAGAGCCUGGAGCACUUACGCUGUGAGAACAGUAAUAGCCCAAUAACUGUGGUAAAAGUCAUAUCCACAGUUGAUUUUAUGGUGGCAUGUGGAAAUGCUGCUGGAAAUAUUAGCAUUUUUCAAAUACCAAAGUCUCAUGCCAGUUCAUUACCAGAAAGUUUAAUUACAAAAAAUAAACAAGUUGAAAGAUAUACUGUCUCAGACUUGCAUAAAUCUAAAAUUACAGCAGUUGAGUGGUCAAAAAAUGGCAUGAAAUUGUUUUCUGGAGAUAAAAAUGGUUGCAUUAUAUUGACAGAAUUAGAUUUUUAUAUGCAUAUUUGUAAAUCUGUAGAAAUAUUAAAUGAAGAAUAUGAAGUGGUACAAAUGAGUUAUAAUCAACAAAGACUGUUAGUGUCAACCACAUACAGAAGUAUAAUCUGCCAAAAAUUUUCAAAAUGGAAAGUAUGUCAAGUAGGAAAAAAAGAUAGAAAAGUAUUAGGAAAUUAUGGAGGCUUAAUCUUUCAAAAUGGUUUUAACUCAAAUAAUUCUAUAUUGUACUGCUCCAGACCAGGUUUAAGAAUUUGGGUGUCAGAUAUUGAAGGGAAUGUUCAAAAAACCUUGCUGUUUAAAGAUAUACUGUCUAAGGAGUGUCUUGAAGUUCCAUUAAUUAAUCCAAUAUCAAAAAAGCUGCUGCCACUUAAACCACAAAAGGAGGCUUGUUUCUCUGUUUUAUAUCAAUUUUGUGAUAAUUUACUUGUUACUCAUAAUGGAGAUGUAAUCUAUAUACUAGAUCCUAAUAAUAUGAUAAUUUUAUAUACAAUUAGUCAUUUAAGAGGAGUUUUAAAUAUUGCUUCGCACAAAGAUGAGAUAUUUAUUCUUGAGGAGGAUAGGAGUAUUAUUAGAAUAUCUUAUAGACCUGAAAAUAGUCAAGAUAUAUUAUUAACAACUCCAGUUGACAAUAUAGUCAACCCAUUAACUUCAUCUAUUAAAGAUUUUAAGAACAAAUUUCAAACAGGCAACAUCAUAUCAGCUUUACCAUCAUUGUUUGAAAAAACUCCUGUAGAUGAAGAUAUUUUUAAUGAUGACGCAAAUGUACCAAAGGCAGAAGAAGCUACAGAAUGUUCUGUCCAUAAUACUGCAGAAGAUAUUAAAUUUCAAAAGAACUUUGAUGAUAUUGGCAAACAACAAUUUAAUGAUAAAAUCUUAUUUAAAAAGAAGAAAAAACGACAUAUGAGUUCUAGCCUGUUCAGCCUAAGUUCAAACAGUUCAGAGGAAAGGGACCUGAGCUUUAAUAAGUCUACAAUUAUGAAUCUCAAUACAGUAGGUGCCUUACCAGAUUUGAGAAGUCCUGAUUCAAUUCAAAAUGACAUUGAGUAUAAAGAAAAAAUAUUGGCUGACGUCUUAAAUUUAGAUAAAAUUCAAAUUAAUUUAGAUGAAAUACAAUCUAGUGAAAUGAAUGACAGGGAUAACAUCAAUUCAAAAGGACCUACCUUCACUAGGACUCAAAGUGAACCUGAUCCAUCAAUAUACAGCUCUAAUUUAAUUAAAACAUCACAUUCUGAAUUAAUAGGCAAUAAAGUUAAAGAUUUAGGUUCGCCAUUGAAAACCAAAGAAUUGUUGUGGAAAACUGAAACUAAGAAUCUCAAUCCAGAUUCAAGUCAAAAAGGGGAAAAUAUUUUAAUUCCAGACUGUCGACAUAUUCCUAACGAGUGGAAACUGACGAACAUCGAAGUUAACAAAGACCGUGUCUCUGAGACAUGAUACAUAAGAAUUUCCUAUAUUGUUAAAAAGUGAAUAUUAAUUAAGAGAUUUUUCGAAUAUUGAAAAAAAUAUCCUUAAAAUAUAGGAACAGUUUUUUUGCGUUUAAAAUGUGAUAGUAAAAUAAAUUAUUUUUUUUUAAUGUACAUUUUGCUUUUAGAGAAAUUUAUCAUCAUAUGAUAUUUAUUUACUGAAUUCAUACGAUGUGGAUGUAAGGCUGGAAUUGGUAAAAUUCAUUUCAAAAUUAUAUUUUUGACCCCAAUACUGCACGUAUUCAAUAUCAAUAUUUUUUAUUUAAAUUAGAAUUUUUAAUUGAUACAUUAAUCCGCAAAUGAUUAAAGAAUUUUGCCAAUAUCUGUGCAAAUAGAUCCGAAUAUAAUAUGUUUAUUUUUGAUAUUACCUAUAAGCCUCAAACAUAAGUUGUAACAGUCAAAUGUAUAAUUAUUUUGUUUUUAAUAUAUGAUCAUAUUAUU